AUGCCGAGACUGUUGACGCCCUAUCUCCGCCCAGCCUGGUCUAUGCCUUGCGAACCAUCUUCAUCAGCCUCCUGCCUUUCACCUUCAAACUCGAACAUGGAUAUGCCAGUUCCGGUCUCCAGGUCAAAUGCGAUCGCAUCAAAGGGAUGGAUGUCCCUCGUCCCUGGUCUCGAAUCCUUGCUCGAGCUCAUCCCUCCGAUCCUACUUGCUGUUCCGAAAAAGAAAGUAUCUCAUCGAAAGAAGAUGCAAAAGCUUGCAGGGAAAGGAUUAGUGAACAAGACGAAUUUCAAAACUUGCCCAGCUUGUGGAAACAUUGUGCUCAUGCACAACCUAUGUCCGAACUGCUUCUUCUCCAUCAACAAAGGGUGGAAGAUGGAAAGACGAGGAGAGUCUUUUCCAACUGAAUUUACAAGUGAAGCAGGGGUGAAGAAUGCCUCUAAGUAG